AUGGGCCGUAAAUUCGUUGUCGGUGGAAAUUGGAAAAUGAAUGGUGACAGCAACCAGAUAAAUGAAAUCAUCAAUAACUUGAAGAACGGAUCCUUGGAUCCCAACGCUGAGGUUGUAAUUGGAGUUCCAGCCAUUUAUCUGGCUCAAGUUAGAUCCAAUACACCCAAAACCAUUGGUGUUGCUGCUCAAAACUGCUGGAAAGCUGACAAGGGGGCUUUCACAGGAGAAAUAUCCGCACCUAUGAUCAAGGAUGUUGGUGCAGAGUGGGUGAUUCUAGGCCAUUCUGAAAGGAGAACUAUUUUUGGCGAAUCUGACAGUUUAGUGGCUGAGAAGGUUGCCAAUGCCCUUCAACACAAUCUUAAAGUGAUAGCCUGUAUUGGAGAAACACUUGAAGAACGGGAAUCUGGUAAGACUGAGGAAGUUGUAUUCAGACAAACUAAAGCUCUAGUGCCAGCUAUUGGUGACAAGUGGAACAAUGUUGUAUUGGCAUAUGAACCAGUAUGGGCCAUUGGAACUGGCAAGACUGCCUCUCCUCAACAGGCACAAGAUGUCCAUGCAUCUCUUCGUAAAUGGCUGGCCGAGAAUGUAUCUGCAGAAGUUGCUCAAUCAGUUCGUAUCCAAUAUGGUGGUUCAGUGACUGCUGCAAAUGCAAAGGAGUUGGCAGCUUGUGAAGAUAUUGAUGGUUUCCUAGUUGGUGGAGCCAGUCUUAAACCUGAGUUUGUUAACAUUAUUAAUGCUAAGCAUUGA